AUGGUAUCAGAGCCUGCACAAAGCGAAUCGGAGAGACCAUCGGUACGUCUCACUUCAACGAAUUUUGCACUAUGGGAGUUCCAAUUCCGUGUCUUCGUGGAAGGCCGGGGAUUACUUGGAAUUCUGGAUGGAACGACCCCGCAGCCGGAUGCCGGCGCGGCUAACGCACAAGAACGGGCCCAGUGGAAUCAAAACGACGCACGCUUGAGAUUUUGGUUGCUGGGCUGCGUCGAUGCAUCUACCUGUCUGAGUUUACGUCUAUUUCCGACUGCCAAUAGGAUGUGGAGACAUCUGACUGCUCUAUAUUCUACUGUUAAUCCAGCCCGUCAGUUUGAGGUACAGAUGGCUCUUGCUCGUCUGGAGCAAGGAGAUAAAUCGGUGACAGAAUAUUUUAAUCUUGCCCAAGAAUUAUGGACUGAACAAGAUCUCAUUCAAGCUGCACUAAGGCCUCACGCCUUGACUGAAGAGACGAUAGAGGAACGGCAGCGAACAAGAAUUCUUGAAUUCCUCAUGCGUUUGAGGCCCGACUUUGAGGGAGUAAGAUCAGCACUUCUAAAUAAAGAGGAACUGAAAUUUGAUGGUGUCUUACCAACUCUUGUUCGUGAGGAAACGCGAAUGCGGACACAAGCCUUGAUUGAUCAACGCCCAGGAGAGGGAGAGACCUUUGUUGCUGCUGCCUCCGCAACCCGCGACGGAGGAUCGGGUCAUCUAGCUUUAGCCGUCGAUCGCCCACAAUUUCAAAGAAGAAUCCCGACAACUGAAUUGGAGUGCCAUCACUGCCGGGAAAAGGGUCAUUUGCAAAAACAUUGCAAACGACGUAACUUCUGUGUUUAUUGUAAGAGGAUGGGACAUAUUGUCCUUGAAUGCAGGUCUCGGGAACGUAAUGAAGCCAAAUGGGCAGCCCCUCCAGCUGCUGGUGGUGGGCGAUCGGGGCGACCAGGUGAUCGUCCAGGUGCUGCCGUACAAAGACCACACUACGGCGACCGCGGCUAUGGUGAUCGUCCAGCUUAUGGAGCUUACUUGACAGAAAAUAACAAUUCUUGGGGGCAGGCAGUUCGACAUGAGCAUCGUGGACAACACAAUGAGGUCGGCAACAACUCUGGACUCUCUGCGGAUGCGGUAGAGCAGCUAGUUAAUGCCGCAUUACAGCGCUCUCUCCCGACUGCAAUUAGCGCGGCCUUCGCCACUCUUCAAGGUUCAGGAUUCGAAGACGGGGAGGCCGAUCGGAAGGGGGAGUAA